AUGGCCAACUUAGUCUCCACCUUGUUUAUGCUUGGGUUGUGUUUGAUGUUAACUAUCUCCAAUGUGAAACUUAUGGCACAAGGAAGUGUAAUGGGAGAAACAACUAGGUUCUAUGAUUUUAAGGUUCAAACUAAAAGAGUUACCAAACUUUGCAACUCCAAAGAAAUUGUUACAGUCAAUGGUAUGUUUCCAGGACCUGUAGUUUAUGCACAAGAAGAUGAUAGAAUCAUAGUCAAGGUUAUCAAUAAGACACCUUUCAAUGUUACCAUUCACUGGCAUGGUAUCCGGCAAAAGCUAUCGUGCUGGUACGAUGGACCAUCUUAUAUUACACAAUGUCCGAUUCAAGCAGGCCAGAGUUUCACCUAUAAUUUUACAGUGGUGAAUCAGAAGGGAACUUUCUUCUGGCAUGCUCAUGUUUCGUGGCUAAGAGGAACGGUUCAUGGAGCUAUGAUUGUUUAUCCAAAGAAUAGGGUACCUUUCCCAUAUAAGAAUCCUUAUCAAGAGCAAAUAAUCAUACUAGGGGAAUAUUGGCUGAAGGAUCUACAACAAGUUGAGCAUGCCACUCUAGUGAGUGGAGGAGCUCCACCUCCAGCAGAUGCAUAUACCAUUAACAAUCAUCCAGGCCCCAACUAUAACUGCUCCAUUAUCGAUGUGUACCAACUUAAUGUGAUUCCGGGAAGGACCUACUUGUUAAGACUGAUUAAUGCGGGUUUAAACACCGAGAACUUCUUUGCCAUUGCUAAUCACAAACUAAAGAUUGUGGAAGCUGAUGGUGAAUACACGAAGCCAUUCACCACAGACACGGUGAUGCUUGGACCGGGCCAAACACUAAAUGUCCUAGUCUCAGCUGAUCAACCAGUAGGAAAAUACUCCAUGGCAGUUGCACCUUACAAGUCUGGCAGGAUUGUCAAAUAUCAAAACGUUUCAGCGAUUGCCUACUUCAACUAUAACGGGGCCGAAUCUAACUGUUCAUAUUUACAGGCUAAAUUACCUAAGCUUGAUGAUAAGUUAGCUGUUAAGACAGUCAUGGAUGGAUUAAGGAGCCUAAAUCAAGUGAAUGUUUUUAAUGAAAUUGAUAAAAACAUAUUCAUCACCGUUGGAUUGAAUGUUCAAAGAUGCCACUCGAAGACACCAAAGAAAAACUGUCAAGCCAUGAAUAAUGGUGUACUGACAGCUUCCAUGAACAAUAUAAGUUUCGUUCAUCCCCGUAUAUCAAUCCUGGAAGCUUAUUAUAAUAAAGUAAAUGGAACAUAUACUGAAGAUUUCCCCGACGCACCCUCUAAGUUCUAUGACUUCGUUAAUGGUGCCCCAAAUAACAUUCCAUAUGACACGGAGUCGUUGAAUGGGACUAGAACUAAGGUCCUUGAAUACGGAACCAAGGUGCAACUCAUUUUGCAAAACACAGGGACGGUCAACAUUGAAAACCACCCGAUUCACAUUCAUGGCUACAGCUUUUACGUUGUAGGGUAUGGCGCAGGCAACUAUAAUCCACUAACUGCAAAAUUCAAUUUAGUGGAUCCCCCGUACAUGAAUACAGUCGGUGUUCCAGUGGGGGGAUGGGCAGCUGUCCGGUUUGUAGCCGAUAAUCCAGGUGUGUGGUACAUGCACUGUCACAUUGAUAUACACCAAUCAUGGGGACUUGGAAUGGUAUUUAUAGUGAAGAAUGGAAAAGGAGAACUAGAGUCCCUACCACAUCCCCCAUCAGACCUACCACUAUGUUAA